AGGGGCUGGAGGGUGGCGCAGCCCACGCUUUUCCGGACAGCCAGGGCCACCCCAGCCGGAGUGGCGGGCGGCGGGCAUGGCAGAGGUGCGGCCCUGGCCGGCGACGGCCACCGGGCUGCAGCUGAGCGCGCUGCCGGACCACUCGCCGCUGUUGCAGCCCAGCCUGGCCGAGCUGCGGCGCCGGGCGCGGGCCGAGGGCGCUCCGCUCGAGCUCGCGAAGCUGCGGCUCACCGACUCCUUCCUGCUGCGCUUCCUGCGCGCCCGGGACUUCGACCUCGACCUGGCCUGGAGGUUACUGAAAAACUCUAAGUGGAGAGAAGAAUGUCCCGAAAUAAGUGCAGAUAUACACCCUGGCAGUGUUCUUGGCCUCCUGAGGGCGGGCUACCUUGGAGCCCUGAGAGCCAGGGAUCCCACUGGCAGCAGAGUUCUCAUUUACAGAAUCGCAUACUGGGACCCCAAAGUUUUUACAGCUUAUGAUGUAUUCCGUUUAAGUCUAAUCACAUCCGAGCUUAUUGUGCAGGAGGUAGAAACCCAACGGAAUGGAAUCAAGGUUGUCUUUGAUCUGGAUGGCUGGCAUUUUUCUCAUGCUUUUCAAAUUACCCCAACUGUAGCCAAGAAGAUUGCUGCUGUUCUUACAGAUUCUUGUCCAUUCUCACUGCACACAUUACUUGGCUGUACCCACGGCUACCUGCUGCCUCUUGCGGAUUCAGGAGCCGUCUGCCAUGGCAGGGUGGGCUCCGAGUUGGAUCCAUUUUCAUUGCCCUCAAAGGCAAUUGGCUCAAUCAAUUAG